UUCCGUAGAAAGAUUGCGAUUGCCUCUCUCGCUCUCCAUAGAUUACAUGAGACAACGGGCUAUACAGUACAUAUGACCGAGUUGGUGAGCUGGGAGGUUUAUAAAAGUGUUUGUCUACACAUGUUCACAGAAGGAGCCAACACACACAUGCAUGACAGACAUGUCCAAUGAGGAGAGGACCGUCGUUAAUCCGGGGGAAGUAAUUCGACCGUAUGUUGAUCUCGACCUCGUAAAGAAGCUUGUUAAGCGUCUCUAUGACUUGGAUGUUAUAGAGGGAAGAGAACUUAACAGUUACGACGACAGGAAUUAUCAUGUGAACGUUUCCAAGGAAACGACAAACGAACAUAUCGGGCAUGUGUGUAUCCAUGGUUACGUUUUGAAAGUACUGAACUCUCUGGACUCUAGACAUGAAGAUUACGUAGAGGCACAGAACGGCAUGAUUAUACAUGUGGCAGACAAGGGGAUACCCACCUCUCGUCCGGUCAAAAAUGUCCAGGGAAGGCUGAUGUCACUGGAGAGCUUCACAUGUGAAAAGAAAUCAAAUCGAGAUCAAGCUCCGGUUCUCGUGUGUGUGGUUCGGCUGCUGAAGUAUCUCCCGGGUCGCAUCCUUCUCGGAGUUCCCUACUCGAUCUCCCUACUGUCACAGAUAGGGAGACUCACUGGUCGCCUGGACAACGCUCUCACGGACUUUCAACAUCCUGCACAUACUCGACACCGCCGAAUCUGGAACCUGACGGAACUUCCAGAUCUCCAGAAAUUCCUUUACUGUAUAAAAGACAACGACAGAUCGAAACUCAUACAGGAAGUGUUGGACAGCUUCCGGUGUGACGUCACUAACAGUUAUAGCAUUCUUAAGUCAGGAACACUACAUGCUGAUGUUAACGAUUAUAACAUCCUCGUGAGUGAAACUCCUACUAAUGGAGAUCAUGACGUCAUGGGCAUAUUGGACUUCGGUGAUUCUGUGUAUUCUUGUUAUGUAUUUGAGAUUGCUAUAAUUAUGUGUUACGUCAUACUCGGAAGUGACGUCAUAGAUCCCAUAGAUGCCGGAGGUCACACUCUUGCUGGCUAUUUGUCCGAGUUUCCCCUAGGAAGGGAUGACCUGAAGGUAUUGAAGCAAUGCGUGUGUGCUCGAUUUGCACAGUCGCUUGUGAUGGGGGCGUACUCUGCAGAAAAUGAUCCAGAAAAUGCUGAAUAUGUGCUGUCAACAGCACAGAAAGGUUGGGCAACUCUUACAAACCUGUGGAACACGCCUCAGAUUGAAUUAUACAAUCGCUGGAGUCGGAUAUGCCGUGAACAGUAUGGAAUAGAUGCAAAAUUUGGUGGAUAUAACUAGCCACUGACAAUUGUCAUAACUCUAUUGCAGGCAAAAAGGACAAACAAUUGAAUUAGGUUAUUGAUAAUGUUUAUUCAAAAUAUUUUAAAGUGGAGGAACGAUAGUAAGGAUAGAGAAAGUUAGGAAAUUGAGCACUGUAGAUUUACAUUGUCGACAAUUAAACGACCAAUUAAUAAAUUAAAAUCUCAUGGUUUUUUUUACAACAGUUCAUACUUACAGUGUGAGUUUAAGAUACACACAUUUUCAUACAAAACGCAGUCACACAUCUGUUCAUCCAAACCAUACAUACAUUCCACAAUAUACAAUCGGUACGCCCAUUCAUGCAGUUUUGACUAUCUACCCCGGGGGUAUAUCCAUACAUUCAUCCUUUAGAUAUGUACAUUGAGCAUACGUGUACGUAGUUUACACAAUAUUACUUCAAUGGUUUCGACUAGGCAGAGUUUGUAACUAGUCCGACAGACUUUAGUUACAAACUCUGCCUAACUAAAGCUCUGUAAUACGAUAAAUAAAUCACACUCAAUGCGAUGCGACAGAUAAUAAACGUUCAGGUAUAUAUACAUACACAGAGGAGGAUAGAAUGAUAAGAUAGGUUGAGAGAAACGGACAACAGGCGUACAUACAACAUUGUGGUAAAAUAAAUAAAAGAUAACAGAAAAAAUACGACAGGUAGUAAGGGAAAAUACGACAGGUACACAGGCCACAACGUAGAUGAAUAAAUACAAGAUAACAGAAUAU